GCAGCAGAGAGGGGUAUAAAUUGCGAACGGGGCCCAGCUCACAGGCUGCAGGAUGGAGAGGGGGGCCAGAGCCCAGCUGUGGCUCCUGCUGUGGGUUACCUGCUGCGGACACGCACAAGCCCACCACCUGAGUGACUACACUUCGGUCAUCGAAGUGACCAAUGGGGGUCCUUGGGGCGACUGGGCCCGGCCUGAGAUGUGUCCUGAUGGAUCCUUUGCCAGCGGGUUCUCGCUCAAGGAGGAGCCCCCCCAAGGCAUUCCUGGCGACGACACUGCUUUGAACGGGAUCCGACUGCACUGCUCAGGCGGGAACGCGGAGAGCAACACGCACGUGGUGGAGUCCCAGUCUGGAAGGUGGGGCGUGUGGAGUGAGCCCCUGUGGUGCCCCGGCGGUGGCUUCCUCGAGGCUUUCUCACUGCGCGUGGAGGCCCCCAAGACCCUUGUGGACAACACGGCGGCCAACAACGUACGCUUCCGCUGCUCGGACCACACGGAGCUGGAGGGGCCCGGCCUGGCCUGGGGCAACUUUGGAGAAUGGAGUAAGCCCUGCCCCAAAGGCAUGUGCGGUUUGCAGACCAAGGUGGAGCGGCCGAGGGGCCUCCUGGAUGACACCGCCCUGAACGACGUGCGCUUCUUCUGCUGCCACAAUUAACGAGGGCGCCCGCCCCGGGGCCAAUCCCACCACUCGCUAUUAAAGCUUCUCUGUCUUGGC